AGUAAAGGUUCAUGAGGCGAAUGCUGCUCUGUCUGCAGAGUCUUGUUUCUCACUAGGCGGCGAGUCUUGCGUGUUGGAACAAGAUGUUGGCGGUUCACAUCUUCUCCUACUUCUUCACCAAGCUGCAGGAAGAUCCGACAAAGAAGGUGGACAGAUUUCUGUACCGCAUGCGUCUCCAUGACGACCAGCUCCAGGACAUUUCGGCUCGUUUCCAGGCGGAGAUGAAGAAGGGCCUCUGCGCUGACAGCAACCCGGUCGCCACGGUGAAGAUGCUGCCGACGCACGUCCGCUCCACUCCGGACGGAACAGAGAAAGGAGAGUUUCUAGCGCUGGACCUCGGCGGCUCCAGAUUUAAAGUCCUUCGUGUCAACGUGAAGGAAGCUCGAGGGAUGCGGCCUGCUGCGGUGGAGAUAGAGGAGAUGACGUAUCCAAUAUCGAAUGACGUCCUCAUUGGGAAGGGGACGGAGGUCUUCGACCAUGUGUCAGAAUCUCUGAAGGACUUUCUGCAGAAGAAGAACAUGGAUUUGAAGAAGAAACAUCCUCUGGCCUUCACCUUCUCCUUCCCUUGUGAACAUGCCGCCAUAAACAAGGGAGUUCUCCUAAAUUGGGGAAAGAUCUUCAGGGCCCGGGGACUGAAAGGGAAAGAAGUUGUCGAGGCACUUAAAGAUGCCAUCCAAAGAACCGAGGACUUGGAUGUGGAGGUUGUGGCUUUGGUGAACGACUCCGUGGCGACGAUGAUGAGCUGUGGUUUUGAUGACCGCAACUGUCAAAUAGGACUCAUCAUUGGAACUGGCACCAAUGCUUGCUACAUGGAGGAGAUGCGCCACAUCGGCAGGGUGGAGGGAGACGAGGGCAGGAUGUGUGUGAACACUGAGUGGGGGGCGUUUGGAGAUGACGGUGCUCUGGAUGACUUCAUCACAGAGUUUGACAGAGAACUGGACGCAGCUUCCAUCAACCCUGGAAAACAAACCUUCGAGAAGAUGGUCAGUGGGAUGCAUCAGGGAGAGCUGGUCCGGCUGAUUGUGUUGAAGAUGGCCAAGGAAGGGUGGCUGUUUGAUGGGCAGGUGUCUGAAGCUCUGAUGGCUCACGGGAGGAUAACCUCAGCACACGUCGCAGCCAUGGAGGAGUACAAAACCGGGCUGCAGAACACCAGAGACAUCCUCACUGAUCUGGACCUGAACCCGUCCUCUGACGACUGCGUGGCAGUUCAACAUGUCAGCACCAUCGUUUCCUUCAGAUCCUCCAACUUGGUGGCCGCUGCGCUGUCUGCAAUCCUCACCCGUGUCAAGACCAACAGGAACGUGGGGAAGUUAAAGAUCUCUGUAGGGGUGGAUGGCACAAUGUAUAGAACACACCCACGGUAUUCCAAACGUCUUCACAAGGUCCUGCAGCGGCUCCUUCCAGAGUGUCACGUCAGAUUCAUCCAGUCGAACUGCGGCAGCAGCAAGGGAGCCGCCUUGGUGGCAGCAGUGGGACAGAGACUGGCCUCGCAGAGGAGACAGAUCGAUGAGAAGCUGUCCACCUUCAAACUGAGUCCAGAGCAGCUCCAAAUGGUGAAAAGCCGAAUGAGAGCCGACAUGGAAGCCGGGCUGACGCAGAAAAACCUUUCGGCAGUGAAGAUGCUGCCCACAUACGUGUGCGGCCUCCCGGACGGUUCAGAAAGCGGGAGAUACCUGGCCAUGGAUCUGGGAGAGAACGGUUUCAAAGUCCUGCUGGUGAACUUGAGAAGAGGCCAGCACCUGAACUCAGGCCUCCACCAGAAGAUCUACUCCAUACCAUUGACUGUCAUGCAGGGAACGUCGGAAGAGCUGUUCGACCACCUGGCCGAGUGCAUUGGUGACUUCCUGGACAACAUGGGGCUGAAGAGCUGUUGCCUCCCUGCAGGUUUCUCCUUCCCUUUCCCCUAUGAACAGACGGCAGUAGACUCGGGCAUGUUAGUGAGCUGGACCAAAGGUUUCCUGGUCUCAAACUGUGAUGGUCGCGAUGUCGUCAAAAUGCUGAAGGACGCUGUGGAGAGACGCAGUGAUUUUGAGUUGGACGUCGCAGCUGUUGUAAACGACACGGUGGGGACGAUGAUGUGCUGCGCCUCUGAAGACCCCCAGUGUGAAGUGGGCCUAAUAAUUGGCGCAGGCACCAACAUUUGUUACAUGGAGGAUGUGAAAAACAUCAAGACGAUAGAACGGGUCAAAGGACACACGGAGAAAGAAGAGGGGAUGUCUGCAGAGAGGUUUGAGAGCGGCCAGAUGCUGAAGAUGUGCAUCAACACCGAGUGCUGCGGUCUGGGCGAUGACGGCUCCCUGAGUGACAUCAUCACUCAGUACGACCUGGAGGUGGAUCAGACCUCCCUCAGCACUGGGAAACAAACGUUCGAGAAGCUGACCAGCGGCAUGUAUCUAGGAGAGAUCGUCCGCCACGUCCUGCUGGAUCUGACCCGCCAGGGCCUGCUCUUCAGAGGACGCGUCACAGACAGGCUGAAAACCCCAGGGAUCUUUGACACCAAACUCCUGUCAAGGAUUGAGAGUGACCGCUUGGCUGUACUGCAGGUCCGAUGUGUGCUGCAGCAGCUCGGACUGGACUGCAACUGUGACGACAGCAGCAUCGUCAAAGAGGUAUGUGCUGCCGUGUCACGCCGAGCGGCUCGUUUGUGCGGCGCUGCAUUGGCCGCUGUUGUUGAUAAGAUCCGAGAGAACCGCGGACUGGAGCGUCUGGAUGUCAGCGUCGGGGUCGACGGCGCCCUCUACAAGCUCCAUCCUCACUUCUCCGGAGUUCUCCAAGAGAGCACCAGGGCUUUGGCUCCUCAGUGCAGCGUGACCUUCCUCCCAUCGGACGAGGGCAGUGGGAAAGGGGCCGCCCUGGUCACCGCCUUGACCCGACAGAAGUUGGAGGACUGACGCUUUAUCUCUGCUCCUCCGGCCCAUAACCUCCAC